GCGUUCCGGUCUACUUUGCGCCACUUGCAUGCGAGCCGGUGUCUUUUGACAUCCUCGACACCAAGUUCGACAUGAUUCUAGGCAUAUCUUGGUUGCGUAGCGCCGAUCAUCCGGUGAACUUUCAUGACCGAACCGUUCACAUCUGUGAUCGGAACGGAGUGUUAGUACCAUGUACGRUCGCGACCCCUCACACUUCGAUUGCUUGUCACGUGGUUUCCGUUGCGAGAAUUCGCGAUGCCAUUGCUCGGAAUGACGUCGAGGAGAUGGGCCUUGUAUUCUUGCAUGCUCUYCCCUCGCCGGACGGACCAGCCGCGUCACCGCCGGACCCACGCAUUUCUCACCUCUUGGACGAGUAUAGAGACAUCUUCGAGGCUCCCACCGGAACGGCUCCAUGUCGGCCCAUACGUCACGGGAUCACUCUCGAGGCUGGCGUCGUCCCUCCGCGUGGAUGUAUCUACCGCAUGAGCGAAAAGGAACUCGAGGUGCUUCGCGCACAACUCAAUGACCUUCUCGACAAGGGUUGGAUUCGCCCUAGUUGCUCGCCAUACGGUGCCCCUGUUCUCUUCGUCCGGAAGAAGAACAAAGAUCUACGGUUAUGCAUCGAUUAUCGAAAACUUAACGCACAAGCCGUAAAGAACGUCGGCCCUCUCCCUUGGAUUGAUGAUCUUCUUGAGCGAUUAGGCGGCGCGACGUACUUCUCGAAGUUGGACUUGAAGUCAGGUUACCACCAGAUUGAAAUCCAGCCUCAAGACCGGUACAAGACCGGGUUCAAGACACGGUACGAGCAUUUUGAGUGGGUUGUCAUGCACUUUGGCCUCACCGAUGCCCCCGCGACUUUCCAAGCAGCGAUGACGACUGAGUUUCGCGACUUGCUUGAUCGCAGCGUCCUCAUCUACCUUGAUGACAUCUUGGUUUACAUUUGCCACCGUAACAAGGGUCGAUCUCGAGUCCCCUUCGACGAACUGAAACCGUUGUCGAUUCCUCGGGCACCACGCCUCUCCAUUGCUAUGGACGUGACAGGCCCGUUUCCCCACGAUCGCCAUGGCCAUGACGGUAUUCUCACGGUCGUUGACCGUUUGAGCAUGUAUGCUCGCUUCCUUCCUUGCAAGUAUCAUGCUGCAGCGCUUGAGCUCACACGACUCUUGCACACCGGUUGGAUUACCAACCAGGGUGUUCCGGAAGACAUAGUGAGCGACCGAGAUACUCGCUUCAUGUCGGCCUUUUGGACUUCCCUCAUGGCUGAGUCCGGUACGACAAUGAAGCCGAGCUUGGCUUGGCACCCGCAGACGGAUGGCCAGACGGAGCGAGCGCACCAGACCGCCCAGAUGAUGUUGCAUACGCUCAUCCGUCCCGACCAGAAAGAUUGGGUUGACCGGCUUCCCGACAUCGAGUUCGCCUAUAACACUUCGGUGCACCCGGCGAUCUGCGUCACACCAUUCGAGUUACAUCAUGGUGGAGAGAAAGCACGGAUCUUCGCUGAUCUCCUUUUGCCACAGGCUGCCGACAUAGACGUCCCUUGCUCUCCCGCUUCCGUUCAGAAGUACCUGGACUUGCUGAUCAAAGCCCGCGCGAAUAUGCAAAAGGCUCAGAUCCGCAUGCAGCAGCAGGCUAACCGACGUCGACCUUCAUGUCCUUUCCGCGAGGGAGACCUUGUUUGGGUCCUCUCCGAGGAAUUUGGGCUCGAGCAGGACGUUUUGCGCAAACUCCUUCCGAAAUGGUUUGGACCAUGGGAAGUCACUUCUGCCGUUGGAGACGACCCCGCAGGUCCUUCCUUUGUGGUCAACAUUCCUCCGCACCUUCUAGAGAAUGGAGGCGGCGAGCGAGGCGGCAAAAGAAUUGGAAGAGGUGAAGACGUAGAGAUACCAGAUGGCGACACAGUGGAUCUAUUGGGAAAGAUGGAGAUAAUGGCGAGGAACAUAGAGCGCGUGGCCCAGGUCCAGGAAGAACAAUACUUGUUUCGUAGAGGUCAGGACAUUGCCUUACGCUCUAUACGGCUGGGGCUCCGGGAUUUCGCCAGGGCAUUGGCGACGAAGGUGGGCUCAGAGGUGAGGGCCCGCCUAAAGGGCACGAAACGUUAUUGUACGGGUGCCAUAGAAGGCGCCAGAUUGACUGCCCCCAAGGAGGAGGAGGCAUGUCCCCGUAGGGCGCCGGUCAAGGUCAAGUUCCCGGAUUCCUAUAGCGAGAAGAAGGAAGAAAAUUUUGACAAUUGGGAAUCCAAUGUCAAAACCUACGUCCAUCUGCAGAAGGUCUCCCCGGACGAGCAUGUCCUGAUAGCUAUCCAUGCCCUUCGAGACGAAGCAGCAAGCUUCGCCCGUUCCUUGUACCGCGCUGCUAGCUACAAUGAUGAUCUAGUCGCCUACUCUGCGUUCACUCCGCUCACUGACUUCCUUAAGUUAUUAAGGGAAUGGUUUGCAGGCGUCUCGCAAAGCGUCAAGGCCUCUGAUAGGCUGCAAACCAUCCACUCCCGCCAGUGGAAGAGUGCCAGGGCGCUCAAGGGCGU